UUUUCUCUGUAACCAGUGUCGAUACUCUUUUGUUUAUGUUCAUAUUGUUAUGUUUAUGCCCAGGGGUGAUGUAGCGUAGGGUCGAGGCAAUAUUGGAAUAUGGAAAUGGUUUGAUGCACUGAACGACGUAGAGUCUUAAAGAAUUUACGUCCUCGGUGUCUUUUUCAGAAUGAACUUCGUUGUUGGCGGUAUCAAUAGCUUGCGAUCUGUCGCAGCACCACUGUUAUUCGGUGCAGUUAAAACCUGCUCAAGAUCGAUGGCAAGUCUGCAGCAGAUGCACAGGACAGGACCUCACUUUAAAACACGACCACCUCGGCAGCCAUUGGACGGAAAACCAUUUGCAAAGGGUGUUGUUUUGAAGACACUCAUCAAGAAACCAAAGAAACCUAACUCAGCAAACAGAAAGUGUGUCCUUGUACGAUUAUCUACAGGGAAAGAGAUGGUUGCUUAUGUGCCAGGAGAAGGACACAAUCUGCAGGAGCACAAUAUAGUCCUCUGCAGAGUUGGCCGGCUCCAGGAUGUUCCCGGAGUGAAGAUCAAAUGUGUCAGGGGCAAAUACGACCUGUCACAUGUAUUGAAGAAAUAAUUUCUUACUUGUUGCUUUUAGAUUGUGAGUUGAAGUUGACUUGUAUAAUACUUACUGGCUACCAAACAUUGUGGAACGUGUUUUCUGGGAAAUGUGUUUAUAGACUGUAAAUAGUGUGAGAGAGAAACAAUAACUUCAACUCGGGCACCUUUUCGAAACACAUUUUUGCUGCCAGUGGAGAACCUGUCUAAUAAAUUGAAGAGCGUCAAGAACUAAAUUGUAGACUUUUUUGAAUAAAUGACUUCCUCAAAAACA